CCUCCUUGGCAGUUGGGAGUGAAAAGGUUUCGUUUGGUGAUGUUGGAAGUGAUGCCACUCUUGUUUCCAUCAAUGUCUUUCUAUAUUAAUCUCUCCCUCCCUUCCCCCUCUCUUUCUGUGCUUGAUGUCCAUCCACUACACUUGAGAUGGCAAACCCUCAAUGCGUUCAGAAUGCACCAACACUCAGUGCGAGCUCUGGGGUAGGGUUUGUGCAAGAAUUUGCAGGCCUCAAUACAUACAUCAGUGGUUCUCUUGAUUCCAAAUUUGCAAUACUUCUUGUCUCUGAUCUUUUCGGAUAUGAAGCACCAAACUUCAGGAAGCUUGCAGACAAAGUUGCAGCUGCAGGAUACUUGGUGGUUGUUCCUGAUUUCUUCUAUGGGGACCCAUUUGAAAUGCAUAAAAAUCGAGCUGACUGGCUUGCGGCUCACGGAACGGAUAAAGGAUUUGAAGAUGCGAAACCAAUUAUUUCAGCUCUAAAAAGUAAAGGUGUAUCUGCAAUUGGAGCAGCUGGCUUUUGCUGGGGUGCAAAAGUAGUCGUGCAACUGGCAAAGUCUGAUGAGAUCCAGGCUGUAGUGAUGUUGCAUCCUUCACGUGUCACUGUUGAUGAUAUCAGAGCUGUCAAGAUUCCAAUUUCUAUAUUGGGAGCUGAGUUUGAUGAAAUCUCUCCACCUGAACUCGUGAAACAGUUUGAAGAGAUUUUGGCUGUAAAACCUGAGGUUAGUUCCUUUGUGAAGAUAUUUCCUGGAGUUGUGCAUGGAUGGACAGUGAGAUAUGACACGACUGAUCAAUUGGCUGUAAAGAAUGCUGAAGAGGCUCAUAUGGACAUGCUGAACUGGUUUACUAAGCAUGUCAAGUAAGAAAAGGAGAGGGUGGCAGAGGUUAUGAUGCAGUGGUGCUUUCUUGGACCAGCAUGAACCCGUUUGUGAGUCCAGA